AUGGCCGAAUGUGAAGCCUUGAGAAACAUUAGGCAUCGAAAUCUUAUUAAAAUCUUAACUUGUUGCUCAAGCAUUGAUUAUAAAGGCAACGAGUUCAAGGCUUUAGUUUUUGAGUACAUGAACAAUGGAAGUCUAGACAGGUGGUUACCCAAAGAUGGGUAUGACCAGCAGAGGGGGAAUUUAACCUUUAUUCAAAGGUUAAAUAUAGCGCUUGAUGUGGCUUCUACACUGGAUUAUCUACAUCACCAUUGCCAAACACCAAUCGUGCAUCGCGAUUUAAAACCAAGUAACAUUCUUCUUGAUGAUGACAUGACUGCCCAUGUGGCUGAUCUCGGGCUAUUGAGGUUCUUAUCUAAGGUUGCUCAAACCAUAUCACUGGGGGUGAAGGGAUCUAUUGGGUACGUCGCUCCAGCUUCUACACAAGGAGAUGUUUACAGCUAUGAAACCCUUCUCUUGGAGAUGAUUGCUGGAAAGGGGCCAACCAAUGAGAUGUUUAAAGACAAUUUAAGCCUUCAUCAUUUCUCCAAGUCUGCAUUGCCUGAACAAGUAAUGAAGAUUGUAGACCCAUUUCUUUUAAUAGAAGCCAGAGUUACUCAAGAUAGUGGAAAUCAUGCCAAUGCAAGAGAUAGAAUGCGUGACCGCUUGACUUCAGUGGUCAAAAUUGGUGUGUUGUGUUCUUUUGAAUCACCCACCGAACGAAUGAAAAUGAAAGAUGUUGUUGUGGAAAUGCAUGCAAUCAAGGACUUAUAUCUUGGGGUCAGGAUUCAAAGCGACAAACAAGUUAGGUCGCUGCAGUUAGGCGAAGGUCCAUCUGAACUCAGAAAUUACUGA